UUUGCCAUCAAAGAAUUUAACCCGAGUAUGAUGUUCUUCCAUCUCGGUUCAUGCCACAUCUCGUUGACCGGUGGAUGAAGAUAGCAGGUGAAAGUGGUAGUAUUCAGGUGCUAAAGCUUGAACUUGAACUUGCUGACUGUUUCUUUGGAUGUAAGUUUGACUCACACGCGGUUGAUAAUUAUUACUACUUGCCACCAUAUGUACUGAAAGCCAAGUCAUUAACUGAAUUAGUGUUGUCAGGGAAGAUUAGAGCAGACAAAUUGAUUGUAAAUCACAGAAUUAGGUUCCCUAUGUUGCGGAUAUUGUCCUUAGUUAAUGUUUAUUUGGGACAUGAACAAGCGCUUGAAGAUCUCAUUUCUGGUUGUCCUAUGAUUGAGGACUUAGUAUUGGAGCACUGUGUUGGAUUGGAAAAUGUAAAAAUACAUGAUUUGCCUAAGCUAAAGUCUGCUAAGUUUUCUGGAUUUCGUGAAAUUCAUGUUGAUGUGCCGAGUCUAGAGUAUCUUCAUUUUGGUAAUGACGAAUUAGAGUUCCCUUGUGAUAUCAGUAUAGACAAGUGCAGAAAUUUGAAGGUGUUUCUUUUAGGGGCUGUGAGUUCUGUUUUUGUCUCUAACCAAUGGUUGCUUGAACUUUUUGACAAGUUUCCUUUCCUUGAGAGGUUGGAAUUAAGUGGUUGUGUUACAUCUGAGAGCCUAAUGAUCUCCAGUUCUCGCCUCAAGGUUUUGUCCUUCAAGGCUUGUGUAGAGUUGAAGGAAGCUAGGAUCGAUGCGCCGAAUUUAGAGUCAUGUACAUAUUCUGGACAAUCCAGCCACAUGCCAGCAGCUAUGUCUUUUGUGAACUGUUCAAAUCAGGUGGAUUUUGAUGUUGUCUUGGCAAUAGAAUUUCGUAUUAUGGAUUUGAAAAGGCUUAGGGCAUUUCUCCAGAACAUAGCACCAAGAAAUGUUAUGGUAUCCUUGUAUCUUGGAAUCAUGAAAGGUUCAUCUAUUGUGUUCAAUGAAGAUGUACUACAAAAUGUUCAAGUCCCUUUGCCAAGGAUCAAACAAUUGAGGUUAUUGGUAGCUGAAGAAACUGAAGAGUUGUGUGUGCUUCUUAUCAAUGAUUUGUUUUGGAGCUUCCGUCCUGCUAUUAUUUCUUUGAACCUGAAGAUCUGCAGCAGAAUAUUCCUUAAGCUACUAUUGGAGAAGCUAAGGUGCAACAACGAGGAAGAGAGAUGCUGCAGUUCAAGUCAAAUGAAAUGUUGGUGGCAUGAUUUGAAAGAUGUCAAAGUCAGAAGCUCUCCUAAAAAAUAUGAGAACCUCAGUGAUUGUGAAGCACUCUUGGAUUCAUUGCCAAUAAAUUUUUCUUCCCCGACUCUGCAUCUUAACUUUGAGUUAGAGUGGGACUCAUUACAUACUUCUGUGUCCGGCGGCGGCAUCAACGCCGGUCCCAGCGUCAACUAAUUCAUGCUGCAUUGAGGAUUCAUGAUUUGGUUUCCCAACAAUACAUUAUGAAGAUACCAGGUCCAACUGCAAUCGAAGACCUAUUAUGAAUUAUUGCUUGUGGUUUUUGCAUCCCUAAUGUUCGACUACUAUGACUAAAAGCAGAAAAAUUAGCAUAAUAAUUUUGCAUAUUAGACUGAGAUGGUGGCUACUAGUAUUAUCUGAUGAUGGCACCAUGUUGAUUCCAUACUCCUCUAUAAUUUGAAGUUUUAAAACUCCUUUAUAUUAUUAAUAUUAUAAUAGA